AUGGCUGCAUUGACCAAGAAUCUCAACCCCCACUUCUCCCAUGUCCAUCCAAACCACCAUCUCAUUCACAACACAACCGACCAAGCCAAUUACAUCUGUCACGCCUGCAAAACCACCGGUUUCGGCGACAGAUUCCGAUGCCACGUCUGCAUCGCCGACAUCCACGUGUACUGCGCUAAUUGCCCCCACCAACUCUCCUCCUCCUUCCACAGCCACCCACUCUCUCUCAUUCUCUCUAAACCCCAAACCCAUCACCGGACGACGACCAUCUGUGACAUUUGCCGUGAAUCCAUCGACGGCGUGUCCUACCGCUGCAGCCACUGCGACUUUGAUGUUCACCCACUUUGUACUCAGCUGCCGGAGAAGGUGCGCCACGUCAUCGACGACUACCAUAGCUUGAGGCUCCAGAAGUCGUCGUUUGGGAAUUGUGGGGUUUGUGGAAUUGAUUGUUGUUCUUUGUGGGUGUACGGAUGCGAUGGUUGUAGAGUCAACGUACAUAUCAAAUGUCUUCGGAAGUCGUACGGUCCAAAGAAGAGCAGCGGGACACGUGGGAUACCACAUGCUCCACCGCCGUCGACGGCGGAGAAGCCUCAUUUUAAUGGUGGGUUUCCGCCUGGUUUUGGAGGGAAUUAUUAUUAUGGGUAUGGAUUCCGUUGGGGUGUUCCGAAUUCUUAUUAUGGGUAUCCUGGAUAUCCAUUUCCAUACAAUAAUAAUAUCCCCAAUUAUCCGCCAUAUCAUGGUGGAGAACAUGGGCAUGGGCAUGGACAUGGAUCUUCAUCGUCGUCGUCAAAUUGGGGAUCACUGUUCGGGACUACAAUGUUUUCUCUGAUAGGAAAUAUAGCUUCAGGUGCUAUAAAUGGUUUUCUUUUCGGAUCCAUUGAAUCAUUCAAGUUUGACAUAAUCAGUUUUGCUUGUGGAGUAAUUCGAAUCUUAAACAAGUGUUUUUGCGUUAAGUAUUUGAUGAAAAAGCAAAUCCAACAACCAAAAGAUCAUCAGAGAAAGAUGGCUCCGGUGCCAAAGAACACCAAAUUUCAUUUCACACAUCCAAACCACCCCUUGAUUUUUCUCUUCGACGAUCAAGAUUACUACUGCGACGGCUGCAAAACCAUCGGCUCCGACAGCCGAUUCCGAUGCCACGGCUGCGAUUUCGACCUACAUGAAUUCUGCGCCAAUUGCCCGGAAAAGCUAUCCUUAUUCAUCCACCACCACCAUCUCACUUUGGACGUCCUUAAGCCCGAAGCUGCUGCUCCCGGCGGCCGGUUUUGCAAUGUCUGCCUGGGACCCGUCGAGGGCCUGUACUACCGAUGUAAAGAUUGCAACUUUGACGCCCACCCAGUGUGCACCCAACUCCCCGAAGAGCUUGACCAUGUGAUCGACAAAAACCAUCCUUUAAAGCUCCAAAAGCUGCCCUUUGGAAGCUGUGUUGUUUGCACAACUGAUUGUUCAUCCCGUUGGGUGUACGGAUGUGAUAUUUGUGGUCUCAAUAUCCAUCUUGACUGCCUUUUGGAGCCGUACGACUCGCCGCCCGCUCACUCGACCGAGCCUCCAAUUCCACCGCCGAGUGGGACUACCUCACGUGGGAUUUCGUUUGCACCGCCGCCGUGGCCACCUGGGCCACCUCCAGCUCCUUAUGGUUUCGCCGUCCCUUAUUUUGGCUAUCCUGUUGGAUUCGGUUAUGGAUAUGCAUACAAUAAUUAUGGUUAUUAUCAAGCAAGUCAAUAUGGAUAUGAAGCGCCGCCGCCGCCGCCGCCGCCACGUGAGAGAACGCUUACAAAAUCAAUGUUUUCUCUGGUGGGUAAACUAACCAUGGGUGCAGUUACCAGUUCCAUUUUUGGGAUGCCUUUAAAUUUUUAGUGAUAUUGGAGUUGGAAUUGGAAGUAUGAACAAGAUCUCUGUCGUUUGCUUUGUCUUUUCUUUCCUUUGUGUUUCUUGUUUGAAUGUAUGAAUAAAUGUAAAUUAAGAAUGUUAAUUAAUGUACGAAAUGAAAUACGAAAUUAUUGGAGUU